GAUCUCUAGGGAGCGUGAGUUGGCUUUUCCCGGAGUGGCGUAGUCCCUCUGUGGGACACCGAUCGUCCAUCCCCUGGGCAUUUCUGGGUCACAAUGGCAGGGGGACUGGACGCAGUACUGGCCAGAACCAAGGAUGUGUUCAAGAGGAAUGGGCUCCUUAUCCUCUCGGUGCUGUCUGUUAUUGUGGGAUGUCUCUUGGGAUUCUUCCUUAGGACGAGACGUCUCACUGAGCAGGAGAUUAGUUACUUUCAGUUUCCCGGGGAACUCCUCAUGCGGAUGCUGAAGAUGCUCAUCCUACCCCUUGUGGUAUCCAGCUUGAUGUCUGGAUUGGCUGCCCUUGAUGCUAAGACAUCCAGUCGCUUGGGUAUUUUCACCAUUGCCUACUACUUGUGGACCACCUUUGUGGCGGUGAUUGUGGGAAUCAUCAUGGUAUCCAUCAUCCACCCUGGGGGUGCCGCCCAGAAGGAGAACACCGAACACAGUGGGAAGCCGGUUAUGAGCUCAGCGGACGCUCUGCUGGACCUGAUUCGGAACAUGUUUCCUUCAAAUCUAGUCGAAGCAACUUUUAAGCAGUAUCGCACUAAGAAUAUACCAGUGGUAAAAAGUGGGAAGACGACAUCAUCGGAAAGUGUAACUCACAGAAUCCUCAUCUAUGGGAUCCAGGAUGAAAACGGAUCACAUAUACAGAACUUUGCUCUUGAUAUAACCCCUUCUCCAGAUGUAGUCUACAAGUCAGAGCCUGGAACCAGUGAUGGGAUGAACGUACUUGGAAUUGUCAUAUUCUCUGCCACCAUGGGUAUAAUGCUGGGCCGCAUGGGAACAAGCGGAGUACCUCUUGUUAGUUUCUGCCAGUGCUUGAAUGAGUCCGUCAUGAAAAUUGUAGCUGUUGCUGUGUGGUACUUUCCCUUUGGGAUUGUCUUCCUUAUUGCGGGCAAGAUCCUGGAAAUGGAUGACCCUACAGCCAUUGGGAAGAAACUUGGAUUUUAUGCCAUCACUGUGGUGUGUGGACUGGUGGUGCACGGCCUCUUUAUUCUUCCCCUCAUGUAUUUAUUUAUCACUAAGAAGAACCCCAUUGUCUUCAUCCGAGGAGUCCUACAAGCUCUGCUCAUAGCACUGGCCACGUCCUCCAGUUCUGCCACACUGCCAAUAACAUUCAAGUGUCUUCUGGAGAACAACCACAUAGACAGACGUAUCGCAAGGUUUGUGCUGCCUGUUGGGGCCACUAUCAAUAUGGACGGGACCGCCUUGUACGAAGCAGUAGCUGCCAUCUUUAUUGCUCAAGUGAACAACUAUGAGCUGGAUUUUGGACAGAUCAUCACAAUCAGCAUUACAGCAACAGCAGCCAGCAUUGGGGCAGCAGGGAUUCCCCAAGCCGGCCUGGUGACCAUGGUGAUCGUGCUGACCUCUGUUGGCUUGCCCACUGAUGAUAUUACCCUGAUCAUAGCAGUAGACUGGGCGCUAGACCGCUUCCGGACCAUGAUAAAUGUUCUUGGAGAUGCACUGGCAGCCGGGAUCAUGGCACACCUCUGUAGGAAAGACUUCGCUAAACAGAGUGAUGAGGUUCCUCUCAUUUGUGAAACCAAGCCAAUAAGUAUCCACCAGAUCAUGGCGUAUCAGCGGAAUGGAUGUGUGAAGAGCCGCAGUGCCCCUCACCUUUCACACACAGCACAAGAAUUUCACCAAGUUCAAGUGGAUCCUGAACCUGAAGCUCCAGAACCCUCCGAUAAAUGCACAGAAAAAGAUCACUGUACGAUAGAGAUCAGCGAACUCGAGACUAAUGUGUAACUGCAGGUUAUGGUCUCCUCAGGAACAGAGCAGGUUCUACAUCAAUGUGCGCCUGGAGAUGACAAUGGAAUGAGAAUGAUGUUUGACACAUCACUUAGUAUGACCACUAUAACCAGAAAAGGAGGGCACGGCAAAAUACCCGGUUCUUUAUCCGAAGGUCUUUAUUAUAAACUCACAUUAACCUGACUGCCAACUCGGAACGAUCUUACUGUUGCAGGUGUGCAGGACAUAUGUUGGGGACAGUUUUCCAUUAUAUACAUUACCAUCCAGUUGCCACCAUAGUUACGCUGCAUAAUCAACAGUGCAAAUAUAUAAAGAUAAGGAAGUUUACAUGACUAACCUCAUUUGGUAAAGAAAAUUUUAUAAAAUGUUAUAUAUUUGUGUUUGUAAAGUAGAAACAAAACUUGUGCCUACAAUCCUCUGCUUGAAAUAACAUUCAACUUUAUUGUGUCUUGUUUGUUUUAGGGUCAUUUGAUCUAUUUUAAUAUGAACUCUAUAGGAUUUAAAUUACGUUUAUCUAAGGUGAUGAUCAGGCUGAUGUAACUAGAUGCCUCAGGUGAAGACCACAUUUAAUGGGUUCGGACAGGAUUAGAAAAAUCUUCCAAAAAUAAUGCCACACAGGUCCACAAGUGUUGGUUGUAUUGCAGCUCAGCUUUGAAGGGGUACUUUAAAGGGGUUCUCCAAAGGAUAGGGGAUAAGAUGUCUGAUCGCGGGGGUCCCCGCCGCGAUCUCGGUUGCGGCACCCCAGACAUCCGGUGCUUAGAGCAAACUUUGCUCCGUGUUGGAUGACUGGUGACGGAGGCUUGGGAUGUCACGGCCACGCCACCCUUGUGAUGUCACGGCCUCGCACCCUCAAUGCAAGUCUAUGGGAGGGGGCGUGACGGCCGUCACGCUCCCUCCCAUAGACUUGCAU